AUGGUCUUCAUCACCAAUCUCGCAUAUGAAGUUCGCUGGGCGGAGCUAAAGGACGUUCUUCGCGAACAUGGUGGAGAGGUCGUUUUCGUCGAGUUGCUGGAAGACCGUAAUGGACAACCCAAGGGGAAUGCAAUCGCUGAGUUCAAGACGAGGGAAGGCGCUGCAAACUGCCUCAAAAAUCUCGAUGGCUUCGAAAUUCGCAAGAGAAAGAUGAUCACGAAGGCUAUUCGCUCGGUGUCCGCUAAAUAUGAUCUUCAUGAUGUUCGUAAAGAGGCGUCUUUUGGAUGUCUCGCGGUGAAAACGAAGAAAGAAGCGGUAGAGUUAAUUGGUUGUCAGCAGUUAUUUACAUCACGUCUUGUAAAGCUUUAUUCU